UCAUGUGUUGUCUUCCAAUCAAUCAUAACAACACUGCCUUUUCCUUGCUUAAAGGUUACUACUUUCUUGAGAAAGAGUAUCGAGAAAAUGUUCAACGCAAGAGGGCUUCUUGCUCUGAAAUUGUUCACCAUAAUCGUCAUCCUCCACCUGGGUAUUGCUGUUUCGAGCUUCUCCACUGACCCACUUUCCCAACAGAAGCUGGACAGAGUUGGAAAGCUCCCUGGUCAAACUUUCAACGUGGGCUUUGAACACUAUUCUGGCUAUGUCACAGUGAAUAAGGGGGCUGGGAGAGCUUUUUUCUAUUGGUUCGUUGAGGCUGUUGAGGAUCCUGGCUCUAAGCCCCUUGUUCUCUGGCUAAAUGGAGGUCCUGGAUGCUCAUCAAUUGCUUAUGGAGAGGCGGAGGAAAUUGGCCCAUUUCAUAUUAAGCCAGAUGCCAAGACCCUUUACUUAAAUCCUUACUCUUGGAAUCAAGUUGCUAACCUUCUUUUUAUUGAUUCGCCUGUUGGAGUUGGUUAUUCAUAUUCAAACACGUCCUCUGAUUUGCUAACAAAUGGAGACAAAAGGACUGCUCAGGACAAUCUGGAAUUUUUAUUGAAAUGGUUUGAACGUUUUCCUCAGUACAAAGGAAGGGACUUCUAUAUUACAGGAGAGAGCUAUGCAGGACAUUAUGUUCCUCAGCUGAGCCAGGCAAUUGUAAAACACAACUCUGCAACAAAGGAAAAAGCCAUUAAUCUGAAGGGUUAUAUGGUGGGAAAUGCUUUAACCGACGAUCACCAUGAUCACUUGGGGCUUUUCCAAUUCAUGUGGUCAGCUGGCUUGAUAUCUGACGAGACAUACAAAUUACUAAACCUUCUAUGUGUUUCUCAGCCAUUUAUACACUUCUCGAGUUCAUGUGAUAAGGUUCUUGAUAUCGCUUCUAAAGAACUUGGCGACAUUGAUCCAUAUAGCAUCUACACUCCCGCCUGCCAUGCUAAUGGUAGCCAAACAAAUCAAUUGCAGAAAAGAAAGCAUAGGGUUGGUCGCAUUAGCCAAAAGUAUGAUCCUUGCACAGAGAAGCACUCAACUGUCUACUUCAAUUCACCUGAGGUUAAACGGGCACUUCAUGUAAAUGUUGAUUGUGCGCCACCAAUAUGGGAGACUUGCAGUGAGGUGGUAAAUACCCACUGGAAGGAUUCUCCUAUAACAGUGCUGGACGUUUACCAGGAGCUGAUACAUUCAGGACUUCGCAUAUGGGUGUUCAGUGGAGAUACAGAUGCUGUCAUCCCAAUUACAUCUACUCGGUACAGUAUAGACGCUCUUAAGCUUCCAACUCAAGGUCCAUGGCGUGCCUGGUAUGAUGAUGGAGAUGUUGGAGGAUGGACACAAGAGUAUGAUGGGCUCACUUUUGUGUCUGUGAGAGGAGCAGGCCAUGAAGUCCCUCUGCACAGACCAAAACAAGCUCUCACCAUCCUCAAAUCCUUCUUAGCCGGAUCAUCAAUGCCAUCGAGUCUCAAGCUUGUUAGUGACUCAUGAGGUUUCCUUUGCGUUGUUGGUAGAAUGCCUCUUUUCUGUUGGAAUGAAAUAACUUACCACACCAUGCUAUCACAGGUCCACGAAAGUGAUUUUUAUAAGAAAAACAAGAAAAAACAUGAGAAUGAUUCAAAGCCAAAAAGGGUAACCAUGCCCCAGAAUGAUCAUGUCAAGCAUGGUUUCUUUAAUUGGUAAUUGAUAAUUAUAUUUGUUGUAAUCAUAUUUGGAAUAUAAUUAAGACUCUCCAUUUUACCAAAAA